AUGGGGGAACGAGUCGCUGUCAUCGGCCUAGGUCUGCAUGGCGUUGUAGCACUCAAAAACCUGAGGGAGGAAGGUUUCGAUGCUGUAGGAUUCGACAAGAACCCAUAUAUUGGUGGACUGUGGAGAUAUACUACUGACGAGACCACACUCUCGGUCACUCAGCAUACCAAGACCAACAACUCGCAGCAACGCCUUGCGUUCAGCGACUUUCCUGCACGCUACACAACCAACUACCCCGACGCCAGGGAGAUCGCAGACUACAUCGAUGAAUAUGCAAAGCAUUUCAAUCUUGUACCACACUGCAGGCUAGGUCUUGGCCUGCAUCGCUUAGACAGAUCAGAUAAAUCGGAGCAUUGGGAUCUCACUCUUCAAGGACGGGACGGGUCACUUGUGACCGAACAAUUCAGCAGGGUUCUUCUUACAACUGGUUCCCAGAAUCGUCUCGUCAUUCCGAAGUUUGAAGGCCAGGAGCACUUCAAGGGCAAGAUCAUUCACUCCCGCGCCUUCAAAGACGCCAAACCCUUUGCAGGACAACGGGUUCUUCUCGUCGGUCUGAGCAAUACUGCAGGCGACGUUGCCGCCGAGCUCAGCGAGGUCUGCCCGGAGGUCUUUGUCUCACAUCGAUCUGGUGUCCUCGUCGUUGAGCGCACGCCCGAAGGUCAGAAGCCUACAGACCACCUCGCGACUCGGCGUGUCAACUCUAUCAUCCUAACAAUCAAUCGCAACUUCCCUCGCGUUGCUGGCUACAUCGGCAACAUUGGUCUCGAGCUCAAAAUGAAAUAUGCAAUGAAGGUCAAGCCAGAGUGGGGGCUUCUUCCUGCGCAUCCCAUCGCCAACGCAGCGCCCAUGAUGAACGACUACUUCCUCGACCUCUCGCGCAGCGGGCGCCUCAAACAUUCCCCGGGCAUCUCUUCUAUGGCAACCGACGGUCACACAAUCAACUUCACGAAUGGCACCUCUCUUUCCAACGUCGACACAAUCAUACUGUGUACCGGCGCGGAGCCCGAUUUCUCCUUCCUCGGCCCAUCCGCCAAUCCGACGCUACAUCCCACUCCGGAAUGGGAUAAUCACCGCCACAACUUCAAUCAUAUGCCUUAUCCUCGACUAUUUCGUGGUGUGUUUCCUCCCUCAAAGCAUACCGAGUCUCUUGCUUUCAUUGGCGCUUACCGUGGCCACGGCAUCUCCGCGUUCAUCAACGCUGACCUCGCCUCUCAAGCCAUCGCACAGGUCUGGAAAGGCAACUUCGAGCUUCCGCCGCAAGCGGAGCGUGAAGCAUGGUGUGAUGAACACUACAAGGGCAUGUUGAGGCAUCUUGAGGCGUGGCGGACAGUACAAGUGGGACAGAACGCGAAGGAAUUUGAGCGCUUCCUCAAUGAGGCGGCUGGCAACGGGAUCAAUCAAAAGUUGGGAUGGGGAUGGGAGGGCUGGAGUUUCAUGUUCCGCAACUGGCGAUUGUACAGAUUGCUGAUGGACGGCGUUGAUGGGCCGUGGAUCCUGCGGCUGUUUGAUAGCCCUAGAGAAGAGCGAGGGCGGAAGAAGUGGGAAGGGGCGGAAGCUGAGGUAUGGAGGGUAAAUGGUCUGGAGCCGCCUACGAGCAAGAAGGCUGUCUGA